AUAAAAUUCAAGCUGAUGCCAUGGCUUGAAGCUGGUGCCAUUGUUCUUGCUGAUCGUGGUGUUGUCUUCAUUGAUGAAUUUGAUAAAAUGAAUGAUCAAGAUCGAGUUGCUAUUCAUGAAGUUAUGGAACAGAAAACUGUAACCAUUGCAAAGGCAGGAAUACAUGCCUCACUAAAUGCAAGAUGUAGUGUAAUUGCUGCAGCAAAUCCAAUAUAUGGAACUUAUGAUCGUUCAUUGACACCAACAAAGAAUAUCGGGCUUCCAGAUUCACUGCUUUCUUGUUUUGAUUUACUUUUUACUGUUCUUGAUCAAAUGGACCCUGAGAUUGACCGGCAAAUCUCAGAACACGUUGCACGAAUGCAUAGAUAUUGCACUGACGAUGGAGGAGCAAGGUCUCUUGAUAAAGAGGGAUAUGCUGAAGAAGAUGAUGGUGAUGCUAAUGCAGCCAUUUUUGUCAAGUAUGAUAGAAUGCUCCAUGGUCAGGAUAGAAGAAGAGGAAAGAAAUCCAAGCAGGACAGGCUAACUGUCAAAUUUUUGAAGAAAUAUAUUCAUUAUGCGAAGAACCUUAUUCAACCAAGGCUCACUGAUGAGCUCCAGGAAUUUUUUGGACCUAGUGAUGACCAAGCUCCAAAAAUUCUUGGAGCUGGAACUCUGCCAAAAAUUUCUGGACCUAGUGAUGGCAGGUAG